AUGCGAACAUAUGGAGUGUUCGGUCUCCAACACCAUGUUCGCAACAUUAUUUCCAUUGGCGAGCACUUUGCCUCGCUUAUCAAAUCCCGGCCAGAUUUAUUCACUAUAAUUGUGCCCCCGGCAUUUGCUUUGACCGUAUUUGUGGUCAACACUGUGAAUGGCGGCGGGGCAGAGGAGAGGAAUAAGCUUACAAAGACUGUUUAUGAAUCUAUAAACGAAGAGGGUAAGAUCUUUAUCACAAGUGGUGUUGUAGAUGACAUCUACAUGAUACGUGUGAUUGGGGCUAGCUCCAAGACAAGGAAAGAGCACUUAGAAAGGGCGUUUGGAAUCAUCGUAGAGAUGGCCGAGAAGGUUAGGGGUGAGAAGGAGGAGUAUAAAAACGCUGAUGUUGGGGAAGUUGGGGAGGUGCAACUUAGGGGGCUUUAG